AUGGCGCUGCCUAGCUCGCUCGAUGUGAACCGGCUGUUACUGGCGCAUUCGACACUCUCAGCAGUGACGGCAGCAGGCUCCUCACCUUCUUACAAUCUCCCCAUAGCGCUCUACGGUCUUCUCGUCGUAGAUAAAGAUCCAGAGUCUCUGCGAACAUUUGCCAUCCUGCACUUGCUCAGCUUCGUCCUUGACAUCAUAUGGCUCACCAAUUACGCGAGCUAUUCGUCUAGCUUUGCGUUGUUCCUCGUUGUGAUCAACUUCGUAUUGAAGCCAGUCACCUUCCUCGCCGUGCUCGCAAAUCUCAAGCAAAGGAACGAGCCUGCUUUACCAAGCUCGUUCGGAAAUCAACAAGUAUGGUCAAUGCCUGGCGGUUAUAAUGCGCAGGCACAAGCUAGCGCACCGUAUCAGUCCUUCAGUGAAGCGCCAGAAGACGAAGAGCCCCAAGCGGCUGCCAGAUCAGCAGGUCAAUCCGCAUCAAAACCGCAAGCAGCGCAAGGUUCGCCAGCCAAGCCUGCAGGCGGCUACCACUCAAUCGGCGAUGACUGA